AUGGAUUUCGAUGACGAACACGAUGAGGGUUAUGCGAAGCGCAGGAAAGCAAUUAUAUUAGGGUCUGCUACUGCUUCUAUUGGAGCGGAGCACUAUAGUAAAAUGUUUCUCGCUAAAGAGCCCUACUGUCGUGACUCUCUACGUGGAAUGAAAGAGACUGAGAGCAUUAUUAGUGUGUAUUUCAAUCUUGUAUUGGGUGCAAUAUUGCAAUUGUACCCAGUAUCAUUGAAGCCUCCAAGUACAACAAUGCACCAGCGAAUAGCAGGUAACCGUAGAAGUUUCUAUCCUUACUUCAGGGAUUGCAUUGGAGCUGUAAAUAGUUCACAUAUCCAUGCGUGGGUACCGGUUAACGAACAUAAGAGAUUUCGCGAUAGGAAGGGAAUUAUAUCGCAAAAUAUCUUAACUGCAUGUGACUUCGACUCAAAAUUUACUUACAUACUUGCUGAUUGGGAAGGAUCGGCAUCUGAUUCACGAAUAUUAGAUGAUGCAAUUCAUAGGCAAGGAGCAGGAAAGAUAGUGGUACCUCCAGGUAAAUACUAUCUUGUUGAUGCUGGGUUUGCCAACCAAAGGGGCUUUUUGAGACCAUAUCAGAAUGUUCGUUAUCAUUUGAAAGAGUGGGAGAACAACAACCAAGCACCUGCUGAUAAGAACGAAUUAUUUAACUUGCGUCAUUCCAAGUUGCGAAAUGUAAUUGAACACGCGCUUAGUCUAUUGAAAUCAACAUGGAAGAUAAUGAAAAGCCAGUCUGAAUACCCUUAUAAGACGCAAACCAGGAUUGUUCAAGCAUGUGUUCUUCUCCAUAAUCAUAUUUUGAAUCGGAAUACUAUUGAGGAAGAGGAGUUUUUAGACCAAGAGAAUGCAGGAGCUGCUAUGCUUGGUCAGCAAAUAGGAAUACAAACAAAUGAUGAAGAUGCAGGUGAUGAUUCUGACAAGGAAGGUAAUGAUAUCGCUGAAGAUUGGGAACAAUUUCAAGAUGAUAUUGCUGACAAAAUGUGGGCUGAUUAUAUUGGAGGAGGAGUUGAUGAAGAUGAUUAUGAUGAUGAGGAUAGUAGUGAUGAAGAUUAUGAUUUCUAA